AUGAAAAAAAAAAAACAUGAAUUCAGCUACAUAAAUUCGGAUGAAGAAAAAAGAGAAGAAAUAAAUGAUAUGUUAAAAAAUUUAAAAAAUGAAGAGAGAGAUUUGUGCUUUCCUCUGUUAGACUUUUACUUUCUCAAUAAGAAAUUUAAGUACCAUAAUUUGAGGGAAAGUCUAGAGAUAAAUAACAAUGUCAAUGAGUACAUCAAUUUGAGGCUUCUGCGGAAGGAAAUUGUCCCCAAGGAUGUAUCCUUCAAAACGGAGCAAAAAAAUAGAGAAAUGGUGGUUCACAACAAAUUGAAGAAUCAAAUGGAGGAAGCCUGCCUGAAGGAUAGGGAUGGCGACCUCAGGAGGGACAGCCAAAGCGGCAACCGUGUUAGUAACCACUACUCCAUAGGGGGGGAUAUAAAAGCAGAAGCCGCUAUCGUAGAAAACAUGAAUUUGCCACAUGACAUUCCCACAAUGUGGAAGAAAAACGAUAUCAUAGGAACAUUUAACCCAGUCUAUAAUGCGAGAGAUCAAGUCCUAAAUGAUAACUCUAUUGACUCCAUUCCCACGAUUGAUAUUUUUUACAACUCCUCAAAAUUGCUUACCAUACAGACAGUGUUUGAGCCAAUCAGUAAUUAUAUAUACCUGUUACGGCUACUACCCAAGUUCUGUCUACCUCUGUACGAUUCAGGAAUUUUGCAAUACGCAUGUGAAGACCCAAUUUUAAAUCCUAAAUUAAGAGGCUUGGAGAUAUCUUACAGAUUGCUAGUGCACGAUAUUUUAUUUUAUGCCUUUUUUUCCUAUUUGUCAGAUUUGCCAUUUUGGGCCAAGCCCCCGAUUGAGCUUCUGCGAAUUUAUAAUUACGAAAGUUUAUACUCCUUCAAUGAUUACGAAUCUGAACAUACAGAAAGGUUAGUCUUUCAUAAUAUAAAAAAUAUUUUGUACAAUUUUUCAGACACGUUAAAUAAAAUUGAAUUGCUGUAUCCAAAAAAUUAUUACAUCACGAUAUUUCCCAACAUUUAUUUUAAGAACAUCAUCGAAUUUUUAAAAAGUGAAAAAUUCAAGUUAAAAAAAAUUGUAGUUGUUUUGAAGGGAAAAAAUUUCAUUGAUGAAAAAAUGAUACACCACAUCAAAAGCAACCUUGAGAAUUUCAGAGGCAUGACAACGGAAAAUGUGAAAAAAGAAAUAAAUCACAAAUAUUGCCCCACCAAUAAUGGCAGAAACAAAAGUGAGGCAGUAAAAUACGACACAAAAAGUGUAAUAGAUGCCAUAAAAAGGUGUCACAAUUGUGAUGAGGAUUUUUUCUCUCUUGCCGAAGGGAAAAGUGUAUCCACCACAAAGGACAGAACUAGACGGAAGUCAAAUUGGAAGGAAAAAAUGGACAUGUCAUCAAGGAUUGACCAAAUGGGAGAGGGAAAAAAUCAUCAAAGUGAUAAACCUAAUAGUUUGCCUGAACCCAUUCAGAGAGACGGCCAAUUAUGUAGCACCUCCCCGGAGGAUACUUAUCCAAGUGAAAAUAACAAUCAUGUAGAUAAAGAGAGAGCAACCUGUAGUAAUAACAUCCCGCAGGAGGAAGGAAAACCAAUAAAUAUUUCGGGGGAAGGCAUCCCCAGUGGGUUCGAGAAGUCAUGGGACAUCUCCAACAAUGGAGAAAGCAGCAUCCGAAGCAGUUGGAGGGACUUCCCCUUCGAGGACGUGGACAAAAAGGAUGAAAGAGAUCAACAAAGGAGCCAUUCUGACGAAUCCGAUGGUAAGAAAAAUGGUGAACAAGGGGAUCAGUUAAGCACUAUUGAACAAUAUAGCGAGGAAGACAACUCCCUUAGGAAAAAGAACCCAAUCGAUAUGUCAGACAAUUACAACAUAGACAAGUCCGUGUACAAUAUGUACUACCAGCAGGAGAACAAUGACCGAGAGGAAGAGGCCUCUAUGAUGGAGAGUAAAAAAUUCCAAAAUAGUAGAAGGUCCAGCAACUCGUCCGAAUCGUCAUGCAGUGAAGAUGAUGAAACGGACGAUGAAAACAUUGAUGGGUUUUUUAAAACAAAAAAAUUAAAAAGUACAGUGUAUGAUAAGGACAACUUUUCCUUUUCCAAAUUUAUGAACAAAAUUAUAAAUUACGAAAAGAUCAUUGACUACCUGAACAAUGACCCGCAACGUCAGGAAAACGAAGACUCCAAGAUCAAGUUUUAUAUUAAAUUGUUGUUGUUCGAGAAAGCUAAUUCUCCAUAUGAUUUGAAUGGAUGGACAAACGUGGAUGGAAGAGAAAAUGUCAGUGAUGAAGAUCAAGUUAGAAGCACUACGUUUGCGUCGGACAAUGGGCAAAUCGACGGAGCAUCACCCCAGGGGGGAGAAGACUCCUCCAUUCGUGCCGAUGGUACAGUAUCACCUACAGAUGACGACGAUAAUCUCUCGGGGGUGUAUCAGCGGACGCGAAGAGAAGGGGGCACCUCGUCUAGCGCUACAAUUUCUGUUUCUGUUCCGAACGAUACUAUGAUGGGAAGAAAUAAUAGCAACGCAGCGGACAGCAGUCAGACCUCUCUAUUCGUAAACAACCAAAACGAGAACGAAACGCGUACAGAUGAAGAAGAAACAGUUCUCAACGUAACCGAGGAUGACCAUGUGGUGAUUUCAUCAGAUUAUAUCAGUAACAUGAUAAGGAACUUACGCGAAACUUACGGGGUGUCCAAUUUCCUAUCCUUCAGCAGCAACGAAGGGGAGAUGCACGAGGGCACUUUCAAUUUAGACGAUGUGCAGGAUUCGCAAACAAGGUUGACCUUUAAUUUUAAUUAA